AUGUCGCAGGCUCUAGGCACUUUCCGCGCCGUCUACCUGGUCGCGCUAUGCUGCGUCGGGUCAUUUCUCUUCGCGUACGACACCGGCAUCGUCGGCGGCAUCCUCACCUUUUCCAGCUUCCAGGAGGACUUCCGAUACGCGGCUGACCAAAAGGCGACCGUCGGGUCCAACUCGACGAGUCUGUUGCAGGCUGGAGCCUUCUUCUCCUGCUUCUUCAUCUGGCCCUUCACCUCCAAAUUCGGCCGUCGCCCCUCCCUCGUCCUCGCCUCCACCAUCUUCUGCCUCGGCGCCAUCGUGCAGACCCUCAACACGCACUCCCUCGGCGCCUUCUACGCCGCCCGCGUCGUCAGCGGCGUCGGCGUCGGCAUGGCCACCGUCGUCAUCCCCAUGUACUCCGCCGAGAUGGCGCCCAAGCGCAUCCGCGGCAUGCUGGGCUCCAUGUUCCAGUUCUUCUUUACCCUGGGCGUCAUGACCUCGUACUGGGUCGACUACGCGGUGGCGAAGCACGUGAGGCCGUCGACGGCGCAGUGGCAGGUCCCCGUGGGCCUGCAGCUGGCGCCGGGGGCGGUGCUGGGGUUGGGGAUGUUGGUGACGAGGGAGAGCCCGCGGUGGUAUGCGAAGAAGGGGAGGAGGGAGGAGGCCAUGGAGGCGCUGGCUUGGGUUAGGGGGGGCGCGAGUGCGGAGGUGGAGGAGGAGUUCGCAGAGAUCUUGGCCAGCAUCGAGGAAGAAGAACGUAUUACGGACGGCGUCACCGUGAAGGAACUUCUCCUACCGAUUAACCGCAUGAGGGUUUUCCUCGUCAUCGCCAUUCAAAUCGGCGUUCAACUCACCGGAAACACCUCCCUAGCAUACUGCAAGUUGCCCCUCCUUCGCCUCCUUAACCGCAACCCCCCUCUAACCCCUCUUCCUCCUCCUCCAGACGCCCCCCAAGUCUUCGCCGCCGUCGGCGCCGGCCAGGACAACCUCCUCAUAACCGGCUUCUUCGGCGUCGUCAAAGUGAUCUCAUGCCUCUUCUUCCUGCUCUUCCUCGUCGAGCGUAUCGGGCGGCGCGGCUCUCUCCUCUUUGGCGCGCUUCUCAUGGGCACGUACAUGCUGAUCAUCGCCGUGCUGACCGCGACGCACCCGCCGUCCGCCAGCGCCGGGCUGACGCCCACGGGCAUCGCGUCGCUGACCAUGGUGUACCUCGAGGCCAUGAGCUACAACAUCAGCUGGGGCCCCGUGUCGUGGCUGUACAUGUCGGAGAUCUUCCCCACGCGCAUCCGCGAGGCGGGUAUUGCGAUCGGCACCGCGACGCAGUGGCUGUUUAACUUUGUCUUCUCGCAGGUCACGCCGCACGCGAUACAGAAUCUUGGGUGGCGCACGUUUCUCAUGUUCUGUAUCUUUAACUACUCGCUUGUUAUUUUUACCUGGUUCUUCAUCAAGGAGACGAAGGGAAAGUCGCUGGAGGAAAUGGAUACUUUAUUUGGUGCAACGAGCACGUCUGUCGACGCAGAGGCCGCGAACAAGAGAGCGAGACAUAGUGAAGUCGCACAAGUCGACGUUGCUGGUGAGGAUAAAAAGAGUUGA